GGAAAACUCGGAUUUACAGGGCGCCUCCUGCGGAAGCCUAGAAAUACCGGGUGCGCCGCGGGGCUCCGGUCUGACUUCGCAGUCAGGGGGCAGUUAGGUGCCCUCCCAGGUCUCAAGGGUGCGCCAGAUCCCGGACGUGGGCCAGGCGGGCGGACGCAGCCUUCUCCCGCGGCGACACGCGCCUAACUGGGCUCAGGCCGCCGCUCGGUGCGUUCCUGCGCUAAUGCCAUCUUGCCAGAGGCUGUCACGUGCGGACGACAGCAUCGCGCUUCGCCCCGGCCCGAACGCCAAAACCGACAUCGGGACGCCACCUGGUUCCCGGGGUUCCAUCCAACCCGAGCACUUUCGUUUGGACCUUGGAUGCCCAUUGAACAGAUGCCUGAGAACUGCAAGUAAUUUUCAGAUUGUAGCAGAACCAUAAGGCCUGUGCUCUGUGGGGAAGAAAUCACCCAUGUGCUGUGGAAAUGAACGGGGAGCAGCAGAUUGAUGCAGAUGCUGGAUCUAGUGUGGAAGAAGUAGAAUUAAGCUGGGAAGAUUAUCUAGAAGAGACAGGCUCCACAGCAGUGCCCUAUGGGUCUUUUAAACAUGUGGACACACGUUUGCAAAAUGGAUUUGCUCCUGGGAUGAAACUGGAAGUGGUUGUAAAGACAAAUCCUGAAGCCUACUGGGUUGCCACCAUCAUUACCACCUGUGAGCAGUUGCUCCUCCUCCGCUACGAUGGCUAUGGGGAAGACCGGAGAGCCGACUUUUGGUGUGACAUCAGGAAGGCUGACCUCUACCCCAUUGGGUGGUGUGAGCAGAAUAAGAAGACCCUUGAAGCUCCCGAAGGCAUCAGAGAUAAAGUGUCUGAUUGGAAUGAGUUUCUGCGGCAAACCCUGAUGGGAGCAUGUAGUCCUCCUGUUCCGCUGCUAGAGGGCCUCCGUAAUGGGAGGAAUCCUUUAGAUCUCAUUGCUCCAGGUUCCAGGCUGGAAUGUCAGGCUUUCCAGGACUCUUUAAGCACUUGGAUUGUUACUGUAGUAGACAAUAUUGGGGGAAGGCUGAAGCUGCGUUAUGAAGGACUUGAGAGUUCUGACAAUUUUGAACUUUGGUUGUAUUACUUGGAUCCAUUUCUUCAUCACGUUGGUUGGGCUGCUCAACAGGGAUAUGAGCUUCAGCCCCCAUUAGCCAUCAAACAUCUGAAAAAUGAAGAUGAGUGGCAAGAGAUCUUGGCCAAAGUGAAAGAGGAAGAGGAAGAGCCAUUACCAUCUUACUUAUUUAAGGACAAACAAGUGAUUGGGAUGCAUUCAUUCUCUGUAAAUAUGAAAUUGGAAGCAGUGGACCCCUGGUCUCCUUUUGGAAUCUGUCCUGCUACAGUUGUUAAGGUUUUUGAUGAGAAGUAUUUUCUGGUGGAAAUGGAUGAUUUGCGACCAGAGAAUCAUGCACAGAGAUCCUUCGUGUGUCAUGCCAAUAGUCCUGGUAUUUUCCCUGUGCAGUGGAGUCUGAAGAAUGGUUUACACAUCACCCCCCCUCCUGGCUACCCGGGCCAGGACUUUGAUUGGGCUGACUACCUCAAACAGUGUGGUGCUGAAGCUGCUCCCCAGAGGUGCUUCCCUCCGUCAAUUUCUGAGCAUGAAUUUAAGGAGAACAUGAAGCUUGAGGCAGUGAACCCUCUUCUUCCUGAAGAAGUGUGCGUUGCCACCAUUACUGCAGUGAGAGGCUCCUACCUUUGGCUCCAGCUGGAGGGUUCUAAGAAGCCCAUACCUGAAUUUAUUGUGAAUGUGGAAUCCAUGGAUAUAUUUCCUUUGGGCUGGUGUGAAACCAAUGGUCAUCCCCUCAGCGCUCCUCGCCGAGCACGAGUACACAAACAGAGGAAAAUUGCUGUGGUUCAACCAGAAAAACAAAUACCAUCCUCAAGGGCUGUCCAUGAGGGUCUGAAGAAUCAGGAGCUGAAUUCCACAGACUCAGUUAUGGUUAAUGGAAAAUAUUGCUGUCCAAAGAUAUACUUCAACCAUCGUUGCUUCUCAGGGCCAUAUCUUAACAAAGGAAGAAUUGCUGAGCUGCCUCAAUGUGUGGGACCUGGGAACUGUGUCCUGGUCCUCAGAGAGGUCCUCACUUUACUUAUCAAUGCAGCCUAUAAACCCAGUCGUGUCCUUCGGGAGCUGCAGCUGGACAAAGACUCUGUGUGGCAUGGAUGUGGGGAAGUCCUAAAGGCCAAAUACAAAGGAAAAAGUUAUCGAGCUACUGUUGAGAUAGUGAAAACAGCAGAUCGGGUGACUGAAUUCUGCCGACAAACCUGUAUCAAACUGGAGUGCUGUCCUAAUCUCUUUGGUCCACGGAUGGUUCUGGAUAAGUGUUCUGAGAACUGCUCUGUACUUACAAAGACUAAAUAUACACACUACUAUGGAAAGAAGAAAAAUAAAAGAAUUGGGAGGCCACCUGGUGGGCAUAGUAACUUAGCAUGUGCACUGAAAAAAGCCAGUAAAAGGAGAAAGAGGCGGAAAAAUGUUUUUGUUCAUAAGAAGAAACGCUCCUCUACAUCUGUUGAUAAUACCCCAGCAGGCUCUCCACAGGGGAGUGGGGGUGAAGAUGAGGAUGACCCAGAUGAAGGGGACGAUGAUUCCCUAAGUGAGGGCAGUACAUCUGAGCAGCAGGAUGAACUCCAGGAAGAAUCAGAAAUGUCAGAAAAAAAGUCAUGCUCCUCCUCUCCCACCCAAAGUGAGAUAUCCACAUCGAUUCCUCCAGAUAGACAGAGAAGAAAAAGAGAGCUGCGCACUUUUUCAUUUUCUGAUGAUGAGAAUAAACCUCCUUCACCAAAGGAAAUAAGGAUUGAAGUUGCUGAAAGACUUCACCUGGACACUAACCCCCUGAAGUGGAGUGUGGCAGAUGUUGUGCGGUUCAUCAGAUCCACUGACUGUGCUCCAUUAGCAAGAAUAUUCCUAGACCAGGAAAUUGAUGGGCAGGCCCUGUUGCUCCUUACCCUUCCCACCGUUCAAGAGUGCAUGGACUUAAAAUUGGGCCCUGCCAUCAAACUUUGCCAUCACAUAGAGAGGAUCAAGUUUGCUUUUUAUGAACAGUUUGCCAACUGAGAAGGACAACCAAAGUAAGCUGUAUCUUUGAAGCACAAAUGCAGCAAAUCCUUUGCCCUGCUAUAGAAGUGGAGCUGAAAUAGUCCUGGGGCUCUGGGCCUUGCAGGUGUCGGCUUGCUCUCUUUGCACUUUCAGGGAAGGAGGAUCCACACAGAGGAAGCAAAAACUGCACAGAAGUGGCUCUAAUGCCAGUGAAAGUGUGGUCAUCUCUUGUUCAGCAAAUUGCAGUUUUUAAACAAUAAAAGUUGUGAAGAAAAGACUCAUGUAAGAAGAAUAAGUAUUUCCACUGGUAUAACCUGAAGAAGAAUAAUCUAGGCUGCUGGGAAGCACCCUUUUGGUUUUCCUUUUGUCCUUUCUGUUCCUUCCCAUUGUAGAUUGAACUUUGUUCUCUGCUUUCUCUUUUCUUGGAAAGAGAGGACAUAGCUUUAAGUCAGCACUGAUUGGACUGUGCCUGAGGCACAUCAGUGCUUCAUUGUCAUUGUGUUUUUAAGCUUUUUUAAAUUAAAAAAGUUCAUUUUGGGGAUGA